AUGGAGGCUUUCCCAGUUGUUGACUUGAGCCAAAUUAAUGGUGAAAAGAGAGAAGCUACCAUGGAGAAGAUAAAUGAUGCUUGUGAGAAUUGGGGUUUCUUUGAGUUGGUGAACCAUGGGAUAUCUCAUGAGCUGAUGGAUACUGUGGAGAAGCUGACAAAGGAGCACUACAAAAAGUGCAUGGAGCAAAGGUUUAAGGAAAUGGUCGCAAGCAAAGGCCUUGAAGCUGUCCAGUCUGAAAUCCAUGACUUGGACUGGGAAAGCACCUUCUUCUUGCGCCACCUUCCUGUCUCUAACAUAUCCCAAAUCCCUGACCUUGAUGAAGAUUACAGGAAGGUCAUGAAAGAAUUUGCAGUGGAAUUAGAGAAACUAGCUGAGCAACUUCUGGACUUGCUGUGUGAGAAUCUUGGGUUGGAGAAGGGUUAUCUGAAGAAGGCUUUCUAUGGAUCAAAGGGACCAAACUUUGGGACAAAGGUCAGCAACUACCCUCCUUGCCCCAAACCAGACCUGAUCAAGGGCCUCCGGGCCCACACCGAUGCAGGUGGCAUCAUCCUACUCUUCCAAGAUGACAAGGUCAGCGGCCUCCAGCUCCUCAAGGAUGGUCAAUGGAUUGACGUUCCUCCAAUGCACCACUCCAUUGUCAUCAACUUGGGUGACCAACUUGAGGUGAUCACUAAUGGGAAAUACAAGAGUGUGAUGCACCGUGUGAUAGCGCAGCCGGAUGGUACCAGAAUGUCCAUAGCCUCAUUCUACAACCCAGGUGAUGAUGCUUUUAUCUGCCCAGCACCAGCAUUGCUGGAAAAAGAAACUGAGAAAAUCUCAGCCUACCCCAAAUUUGUGUUUGAUGAUUACAUGAAGCUCUAUUCUGGCCUCAAAUUCCAAGCCAAGGAACCAAGAUUUGAAGCCAUGAAGGCCAUGGAAUCCACCGUUAAUUUGGACCCUGUUGCAACUGUCUGA